AGGUCAGCAGGAGGUUUUUUUUUUUUGUGAUCAGAAAAACGUGGCUCUUUAGGAGGAAAAAAAAUCAUCAGAAGAACUCCUACCAGGAUUAAGAGUGAAGCAGACGUUUGACUUUCUGAGAGAAUGUCGGGGGAGUGUGAAGAAAUCACAACCACUGAAAUGAGUCUUCCUGAGGGGAAAUGCAAGAAUCAAGGUGCAACAGAGAAAAGGCCAAAUUCUCCUGAAGUCAGCUGUGUGUCCUUGAAGAGUGAGCGGUCAAUGCCGGCCCCUAUUAACUUUAAAGGUGGAACAUCCUCUCAGGAAAGUGAAAUGAAGGAAAGGCCUGUCUCACCUGGACCCAGCUGUGUGUCCUUUCAGAGUGACGGCUCAAUGGCGAAGCCUCUCCACUUUACAGAUGGAGCAUCCUCUGUGGAAAGAACCCCAAAACAGGAACCAGAAAACAGCUGCAGAAAUUGGAUGGAGUCCGUAUUCCAGCUGGAGCACAAAGUCAUCACAAUGGUGAAGAAUGAACUGAACAAUUUAAAGAAGCUACUGAGUGCUGAUUACCCAGAAUGCUCUGAGAGGGAGGAGAAAGCGGAGGAGGAGGAGGAUCUGGACCGUAUUAGAGAGAGUGUGCUGAAGAUCACACUGCGUAUCCUGAAGAACCUGAAGCAGAAAGAUCUCGCUCACCAACUGCAGAUCAAGCUGGCCUCUGUAUAUCAGCGAAAACUCAAAUCCAGACUUGGAGAUAAAUUUAAAAGGAUAAAUGAAGGAAUCUCCCAGCAUGGGACAUCAGUACUUCUGAAUCAGAUCUACACAGAGCUCUACAUCACAGAGGGCUGGAGUGAAGACAUCAGUAAUGAACAUGAGGUGAGACAGAUUGAGACAGUGUCCAGGAGACCAGUAACAGAGGAAAAACCAAUCAAAUGUCAUGAUCUCUUUAAAGACACGUCCAUCAGAAGUGUGCUGACUAAAGGAGUUGCUGGAAUUGGAAAAACUGUCUCUGUGCAGAAGUUCAUUCUGGACUGGACUGAAGGGAAAGUGAAUCAGGACGUCACCUUCAUGUUUCCACUUCCCUUUAGAGAGCUGAAUCUGAUGAAGCAGCAAAACCUCAGUCUGAUGAAUCUUCUUCAUCAGUUUUUCCCUGAUAUUAAGGGCCUAGAAGUAAUAGACAGUGAUACCUACAAAAUCCUGUUGAUCUUUGAUGGUCUGGAUGAGUGUCGACUUCCUCUAGAUUUCCAGAACAAUGAGAGAUUGUGUGAUGUGACCGAGUCGGCCUCAGUGGAUGUGCUGCUGACAAACCUCAUCAAGGGGAAUCUGCUUCCCUCUGCUCUCCUCUGGAUAACCACUCGACCAGCAGCAGCCAAUCAGAUCCCUCCUGAGAGUGUAGACCAGGCAACAGAGGUACGAGGGUUCAGUGAUUCUCAGAAAGAGGAGUACUUCAGGAAGAUCAGUGAUCAGAGCCUGGCCAAUAAAAUCAUCACACACAUGAAGUCUUCAAGAAGCCUCGACAUCAUGUGCCACAUCCCAGUCUUCUGCUGGAUCUCAGCCACUGUUCUCGAAAGAAUGUUGGGUGAAGCAGAGAGUGGAGAGAUCCCCAAGACUCUGACUCAAAUGUUCACACACUUCCUGAUCUUUCAGAUCAAACACAAGGGACAAAAGUACCAUGGAACAUAUGAGCCUGAUCCUCAGCAGACCAGAGAGAGUAUCCUGGCACUGGGAAAACUGGCUUUCCAACAGCUGGAGAAAGGAAACCUGAUCUUCUAUGAGGAAGACCUGAGAGAGUGUGGCAUUGGUGUUCGAGAAGUGGCAGUGUACUCAGGGGUGUGUACUCAGAUCUUCAGAAAAGAAUCGGGACUCCACCUGGGGAAGAUGUUCAGCUUUGUGCAUCUGAGCAUUCAGGAGUUUUUGGCUGCGUUGUAUGCAUUUCUCUGCUUUCUUGACAAAAACCCUACAAAAGAACAAACUACUGCUCUGUCUGGUCUUUUCAACACAUCAGAAAUGCCUGACUUCCUCAAAGGUGCAGUGGACCAGGCCUUACAGAGUGACACCGGACACUUGGAUCUUUUCCUCCGCUUCCUUCUGGGCCUCUCAGUGGAGUCCAAUCAGAAGCUCAUUCGAGAUCUGCUGCCACACACAGGAAGCAGCUCUGACUGCCAGAAGGACAUAGUUGAGUACAUCAAGUUCAAGUUUGAACAAAAUCCAUCUCCAGAGAGAUUAAUAAACCUUUUCUACUGUCUGAAUGAGUUAAAUGAUGAUUCACUCGUGAAAGAGAUCCAAAGUUACAUGAGCUCAGGACGUCUCUCUGAAGCUGAACUCUCACCUGCUCAGUGGUCUGCUCUGGUCUUUGUGUUGCUGACAUCAGAUGAGGAUCUGGAAGUGUUUCAGCUACAGAAGUUCAUAAAGUCAGAUGAAUGCUUUAAGAGGCUGCUACCAGUCGUCCAGCAAGCCACAACAGUUCUGCUCAGUGAUUGUAAGCUGACAGAGAGAAGCUGCUCAGCUUUACACACAGUUCUCAGCUCUGAAUCCUCCAAGCUGACUGAGGUGGAUCUGAGCAGUAACCAUCUGGAGGACUCAGGAGUGAAGCAGCUUUGUGUUGGACUGGAGAGUCCAAACUGUAAACUGGAGAAACUGAGAAUUUCAGACUGCAGUAUAACAGAGGAAGGAUACGCUGCUCUGGCUGAAGCUCUGAAAUCAUCCCACCUGAGAGAGCUGGAUCUCAGAGGGAACGACCCUGGAGCAUCAGGAGUGAAGCUGCUCACUGAUUUACUCCAGGAUCCAGACUGUAAACUAACAACACUGAGACUUUCAGACUGCAGGAUAACAGAGGAAGGAUACGCUGCUCUGGCUGAAGCUCUGAAAUCAUCCCACCUGAUAGAGCUGGAUCUCAGAGGGAACGACCCUGGAGCAUCAGGAGUGAAGCUGCUCACUGAUUUACUCCAGGAUCCAGACUGUAAACUGGAGAAACUGAGGCUAAGGAAGAGUGGUGUUACAGAAGAAGGCUGUUCUGCUUUGACUUCAUCUUUUCUAUUCAAUCCUGCACACAUAAAAGAGUUGGAUCUGAGUGAGAAUAAAGUUGGAAACUCUGGAGUGCAGAGAGUUUGUGCUCUACUGAAACAUCAGCCAUGUAACCUGCAGAUCCUGAGACUUUCAGACUGCAGUAUAACAGAGGAAGGAUACGCUGCUCUGGCUGAAGCUCUGAGACUAAACCCAUCAUCACACCUGAGAGAGCUGGAUCUCAGAGGGAACGACCCUGGAGCAUCAGGAGUGAAGCUGCUCACUGAUUUACUCCAGGAUCCACACUGUAAACUAACAACACUGAGGCUAAGGAAGAGUGGUGUUACAGAAGAAGGCUGUUCUGCUUUAACUUCAUCUUUUCUAUUCAAUCCUGCACACAUAAAAGAGUUGGAUCUGAGUGAGAAUAAAUUACGAGACUCAGGGGUGAAGAAGCUCUCAGCUCUACUGGAAGACUCUCACUGUAAAUUUCAGAAAAUUCGACUUUCAGACUGCAGGAUAACAGAGGAAGGAUACACUGCUCUGGCUGAAGCUCUGAAAUCAUCCCACCUUAUAGAGCUGGAUCUCAGAGGGAACGACCCUGGAGCAUCAGGAGUGAAGCUGCUGACUGAUUUACUCCAGGAUCCAGACUGUAAACUAACAACACUGAGGCUAAGGAAGAAUGGUGUUACAGAAGAAGGCUGUUCUGCUUUGACUUCAUCUUUUCUAUUCAAUCCUGCACACAUAAAAGAGUUGGAUCUGAGUGAGAAUAAAGUUGGAAACUCUGGAGUGCAGAGACUUUCUGCUGGACUGAAACACCGUCACUGUAAACUGGAGAUUCUGAGACUGUGUAACUGCAGUGUAGCAGCUGAAGGCUGUGCUGCUUUGGCUGCAGCUCUGGAAGAAAAUCCCUCACAGCUCAGAGAGCUGGAUCUGAGCGGGAAUAAAGCAGGAGACUCAGGAAUAAAGCACAUCUCGAACUUCCUACAGAAUUCACACUGCCUCCUGGAAACACUCAAGUUGUGUCAGUGCCGUCUCUCUGAGGAAGAUUGUGGUGCUAUUGUAUCAGCUCUGAGAACAAACCCCUCACACCUCAAGGAGCUGGACCUGAGUGAGAACACAAUUGGAGACUCAGGAGUGAAGGAGCUCUCUGAUCUACUGCACAACUCAAACUGCACUCUGGAGAAACUGAAGCUGAGUAACUGCAGUAUUACAGUGAGCGGCUGUGCUGAUCUGAUAUCAGCUCUUACUUCAAACCCUUCACACCUGACAGAGCUGGACCUGAGUGAGAACACACUGGGAAAUCCAGGAGUGACUCGGAUCUCUACUCUACUAAAGAGCUCAUCCUGCAAACUCCAGACGCUUCGACUUUCAGACUGUAAUAUGACAGAGAAAGGAUACACUGAUCUGGCUGAAGCUCUGAAGUCACAGCGCUCAUCACACCUGAGAGAGCUGGAUCUCAGAGGGAACGACCCUGGAGCAUCAGGAAUGAAGGAGUUUAGGAAUUUGCUGAAUGAUGGAAAAUGUACACUGAGGUUGUUGAAAAGUCCCAAUGCACAGAAAGCUUAUGAUCAUGUGACUAAAGUUGUGGGUAUAAACCCAAUCCUGCAGACGGACCUGAAUCUGAGUGGGAAAAUCGCAGGAGAUUCAGGAGCAGAGCAACUCUCUGCUUUACUGAAGGAUCCACACUGCAGAGCUGAAAAACUUCAACUCCGUGAGUGUAAUCUGACAGAGAAAGGAUGUUCAGCUCUGCUCACAGCUCUCAGAUCAGAAUCCUCCACCCUGAGGGAGCUGAAUCUGAGUCAGAACAGGAUUCAGGAUUCAGGAGUGAAGCUGCUCUCUGCAGAACUGAAGAAUCCACACUGUAAACUGGAGACUGUGAGACUUUCAGACUGCAGUAUAACAGAGGAAGGAUACACUGCUCUGGCUGAAGCUCUGAAACUAAACCCAUCAUCACACCUGAGAGAGCUGGAUCUCAGAGGGAACGACCCUGGAGCAUCAGGAGUCCAACAACUUACUGACUGCAAAACUAACAAACUGACACUCAGGUUGUUGAAAAGUGCUGAAGCAGAGGAAGCCUACAACCUUCUUACUCGAAUGUUCAGUAAAAACCCCUUACUGCACACGGAGCUGGAUCUGAGCUACAGAAAAUUAACAGACGUCAGAGUGGAUCAGCUCUCGGCUCUGCUGCAGGAUCCACAUUACAGACUGCAGAAACUUACGUAA